AUGAGAGACCCGAACUUCGACAUGGAACAGAAUCAGAAUGGCAAUCAUUACCCGGACCCCGCUCCAGCAACAAAUGGAACUCGUCGAAACCAGCACAAGUCCGCUCGGGUGACCUUUGGUCCUGAUCCAGACUCGAUUUCCGCCGCACGCGACCAAGAAAGCUCCCCAACACCGCUAGCAUCUCAUCAUCGGUCUGCAACAACAAUUGAGCCGCAACUAUCACCGCCAACCUCUCGGCCUAACAGCUCUUCGAAUGGCGAUACCACUUUCCAGCAAAGGCAAGAUGUGAUGCCGCUCCGACCCCGUCCAGGCAGCCGCCCUUCUCUACAACGAGCAAAGAGUGACUACGGGCCUAGGUCAGGACUCGAGAGAUCCCAUCAGGGCGAUGAUGAUGAUUUUGCAAUGAGACACGGGUGGCAGGAAGAGUACACAUCUAGCGAGUAUUUGAAGAUUUUACAUUCGAACUUUUAUAUGUACUUUACAGAGAAACGCCACGAAACAAGCGGCCUUCCCAAGGAACCAACCGGCAGUUGGGCCAUUCAGGAAUGGCGCAUGAGAGAUCGGUUGAAGACCGUGUCAGCCGCGCUAGCCAUAUGUUUGAACAUUGGCGUGGACCCCCCAGACGUUGUCAAGACGAACCCAUCAGCCAAGUUAGAAUGCUGGGUCGACCCAACCGCCACCACUGGUGGCCAGAACAAGAUUAUGGAGCAGAUUGGAAAGAAAUUGCAGGAACAAUACGAGACGCUCAGCUUAAGGACGAGAUAUAAACAGUACUUGGAUCCCUCCGUGGAUGAAACCAAAAAGUUCUGUAUCUCGCUUCGCCGAAACGCCAAAGACGAACGGGUUCUUUUCCAUUACAAUGGUCACGGCGUUCCUUUGCCAACACAAUCGGGAGAAAUUUGGGUGUUCAACAAGAACUACACCCAAUACAUUCCAGUUUCAUUAUAUGAUCUUCAAUCAUGGCUUGCCGGUCCCAGCUUGUUCGUUUUUGACGUCGCCCAUGCCGGGAAUAUUGUCCAUAACUUUCACACCUUUGUCGAGAAACAUGAAAAGGAGAACUUGGAAGCCAAGAAGCGGGAUCCCAAUGCACUGGUUCAGAACUACUCCGACUGCAUCUUACUGGCUGCCUGUCAGAAGUCUGAAACUCUUCCAACAAACCCUGACCUUCCGGCAGAUCUAUUCACUUGUUGUCUAACUACACCCAUUGAUGUUGCACUUCGAUACUUUAUUCUGCAGAACCCACUCAGCGUUACUGUUUCACUGGAUGAGUUUAAGGUUCCUGGCCGUUUACAGGAUCGGAGGAGUCCUUUGGGAGAGUUAAACUGGAUAUUUACCGCCAUUACUGAUACGAUUGCUUGGAACACUCUGCCGCGUCCUCUCUUCAAAAAGCUUUUCAGACAGGAUUUGAUGGUCGCAGCGUUGUUUAGAAACUUUCUCCUAUCCGAACGCAUUAUGCGUACAUACCAAUGCCACCCUCUAUCGUCGCCUGCGCUACCAGAAACGCAUAACCAUCCUCUCUGGCAGAGCUGGGACCUUGCGAUUGAAAUGGUCCUGAGCCAACUUCCAGCCUUGAUUGAUAACGAGGAGGGCCGGAGACAGUACGAGUAUCAACAUUCGACCUUCUUCGCCGAGCAACUCACUGCAUUCGAGGUAUACCUAUCUUCAGGCCCAACCGAGAAGAACCCUCCCGACCAGUUGCCCAUUGUUUUACAAGUCCUGCUGAGUCAAGCACAUCGGCUACGGGCCUUAAUCCUUCUCAGCAAAUUCCUUGACUUGGGCCCUUGGGCUGUCCAUCUAGCUCUCAGCAUCGGUAUUUUCCCUUAUGUUGUUAAACUGCUUCAAUCAGCUGCCCAAGAACUGAAGCCUGUUAUGGUCUUCAUCUGGGCCAGAAUCAUGGCCGUGGACUACUCUGUUCAGAACGAUCUUCUCAAAGACAACGGCAUCCACUACUUCAUCACAAUUCUAAACCCAACAUCCCCAAUUCCUGUGGGUAAUGCCAGUGAGCACCGGGCUAUGUGCGCCUUUAUUGUAUCCAUAUUUUGCAAGAACUAUCCUCAGGGCCAGAAUGUCUGCCUCUCUGCCGAACUCUUUGAUUCUUGUUUAAGGCAUCUAAUGGAUGUGGAGAAUCCAUUGCUUCGGCAAUGGUCUUGUUUAUGUUUGAGCAUGCUCUGGAAAGAUUUCCCAGACGCAAAAUGGAUGGGCAUUCGCUGUGCUGCGCCACAGAGACUCCGCGACCUCGCAUUUGAUCCCGUCCCCGAAGUACGCGCUGCCAUGCUGCACUCACUCACCAAUUUCUUGGGCAUUCCAGACUUGACAGAUCAAGUUGCACAGAUUGAAGAAUCUAUUGCUAUGGCGAUCUUGUCAAUGGCCGCAGAUGGUAGCGUUCUCGUGAGGAAAGAACUGCUUGUUUUCUUUUCUACUUUUGUGAAACGAUACGAGAAUAAGUUUCUUGUUGCUUCUUACGAAGAGCUACUAGAAGAGAAGUACUUGCUGCUUCAUCGUGCGCAAAAUGAGGCUACUAACAAGCUUUCGGCUCGCGGUGAAUCUCUUCCAAAGACAGAUGGCGCCUUUGGAAACUCUCAUCUACUGUCCCGAAAUACAACAUUCGGGACGAUAUGGAAGCAGCUGCUUAUUAUGUCUGUUGACCCGCACCCUGAGAUUGCGCAAGAUGGUGCGACGAUUGUCGAUUACAUUCACGUUGCUCUGUUGCAGUCUCCGAUCAGCCCAUUGGCUAUCAAGGCUCGCGAUGAAAUCAUGGAAAUUCUCAAUCGGUUGAACUCGACUAAGCCGCAAGCUCCAGAAGCCCCUGAGCUAAAGGCAAUACGUCCAGGGACUCCCCCGUUUCAAAAUUCCCAGAAGCAAGAAGGCUAUUUCUCUUUGAGCAUGAGAAGGACUGCCAGCGUCGCAGCAUCUCUGAAGAACCUUGCAUUCGGCCCUUCAACGGCCGAUCAAGGCCCGAUACCACCUAAUCUUUCUCAAAAGACUUCACCUGCACAGAAUAGGGCCCCCAUUACCCCUCGAGGACGAGCCCCUCCGGAGUGGACACGACCCCCGGAGGUGAAUGAUCAGAUUGCCCCCGCCACUGCAUAUCACCAGGCUCCAGAGCCACCAUCCCGAGGAUAUCAACCCAAAAAUGGGGACGCUACCCCUUCCAUACCCUUGACAAGCAAGUUUCUAGAUUGGUCUACGGAAUAUUUCCGAGAACCUCAGAUGAAGCCAAAUGAGCCAGACGAGCCUGGUAGUGCUGAUUACAAUGAGAGACUUUGGCGGCGAAGUAGAAACGAACGAAUAAUUGGGGAAACUCAGCCGUUGAAAGAAAAGGCUGGCAGCAGUCGCUGGCAUCAUUCUGUAGCAUUGUUGACAAACGACAGCCAGCCCAUCAAAAUGUCGUUCCAUCAAUUUGAGGAUCAUCUUGCCAUUGGAGACGACCGCGAUACAGUCACAAUCUGGGAUUGGCAACGGAACGAACGCCUCAACCGUUUCUCGAAUGGCAAUCCUCCAGGAUCCAAGAUUAACGAAAUUCGGUACAUUAACGAGGACGACCAGGCGUUAUUGAUGACUGGUUCUUCGGAUGGUGUCUUGAAGGUUUACCGAAACUAUGAGUCUCGGAAAGGAAUCGAAGUUGUCACUGCAUUCCGGGCCUUGCCCGAACUAAUUCCGAGCAACAGAAAUGCUGGCUUAGUGUUUGAUUGGCAACAAGGACAAGGAAAAGCUCUUGUUGCUGGCGACGUCAAAGUCAUCAGAGUUUGGAAUGCUGCAACAGAAGUUUGCACGAAUGAUAUAUCCGCACGAUCUGGCUCAUGCAUUACCUCUCUGACAUCUGAUCAAGUUGCGGGAAACAUUUUCAUCGCUGGAUUCGGUGAUGGAGCAGUCCGUGUCUUCGAUCAGCGACUCAAGCCCACUGCUGCCAUGGUCAAAGUUUGGCGAGAGCACAAACAAUGGAUUACCAAUGUCCACAUGCAACGGGGAGGCGUGAGAGAGCUCAUAUCUGGUAGUCGAAAUGGCGAGAUCAAAUUAUGGGAUCUCCGAAUGAACGAUCCAAUCAACACUAUAAAUGUCACAAAAGACACCCUUCGAACCUUGAGCGUUCAUGAACACGCCCCUGUUUUCUCAGUGGGAACCAACCGACACGAAGUCAAAACAUUCAAUGUUGAUGGCACGGGUUUAUCCAACUUCGAGCCGUACUCCAGCUUCCUUAAUCAUAAUCGAUCAUCGCCCAUAUCUUCAACAGCGUUCCACCCCCACCGCACUCUUCUCGCGUGCUCCGCCUUGCAUGAUAAUCACAUUAAUCUGAUUUCAUGUUGA